GGGACCUCCAGCCCUACCCACUCAGCAAUGUCCCCCCUCCCCACAGCCCCCCUGCACAGCACCUACCACGAGGACGGGCCCCCCUCCUACUAUGACAACCAGGACUUCCCGUCGGCGCACUGGGACGACAAGAGCAUCCGACAGGCCUUCAUCCGCAAGGUGUUCCUGGUGCUCACGCUGCAGCUGACCGUCACCUUCGCCUUUGUGACCGUCUUCACCUUCGUCAAAGGUGUGCGGGGCUUCGUGCAGCGCAACGUGUGGACGUACUACGUGUCCUACGCCGUGUUCUUCAUCUCCCUCAUCGUCCUCAGCUGCUGCGGCGACUUCCGCCGCAAGCACCCCUGGAACCUCGUGUCCCUGGUGAGCUGGGGGCUGGCCCUG